CGGGAAUCAUUCGAGCGAUCAAUCCUACAGAUAUAUCUCAAGAUUUCACACGAAAUCGCUCAUCGCUGCUUAUAAAAACAGGAAUCAUAACCUUUGGCCGCUAAUCAAAUAUUCAUCACAAUAUCGUAAAAUGGUGCAACAAGAGGCUGUGGUCGUAAGGAAAGCCGUAAAGCGUUAUGGAAAAGAGUUGGUGUUCAAUGGCCUGAAUAUGACUGUUUCAAAAGGUUCCAUAUACGGAUUGUUGGGAUCUAGUGGAUGUGGCAAAACCACACUAUUGUCCUGCAUCGUCGGGGUUCGGUAUCUUGAUAGCGGAGAAGUGUGGGUCUUGGGAGGAAAUCCGGGCAACAAGGGCUCUGGCAUCCCUGGACCUCGAGUAGGUUACAUGCCGCAAGAGGUUUCCUUGGUUGAAGAGUUUUCCAUGAGCAAUGCCUUCUAUUACUUCGGUAGAAUUAAUGGGCUCGACGAUGAGGAGAUCGAGACGAGACAGCGAUUCUUCUCGGAGUUGCUUCAACUACCCCCAGCAGAUCAUCUAGUGAAGAACAUGAGUGGAGGUCAGCAAAGAAGAGUUUCUCUUGCCGCCGCAUUAAUUCACAAACCCGAACUUCUAAUUCUCGACGAACCCACUGUGGGCUUGGAUCCAAUUUUGAGAGAGAAUAUUUGGGCCUACAUGAUCCAGAUCACGCAGGAGGAAGAUAUCACAGUGUUGAUCACGACACACUACAUUGAAGAAAGUAAAGAUGCUAAUAAAAUUGGUUUGAUUAGAUGUGGUAAAUUGUUAGCGGAAUCAGCGCCACAGGAAUUGCUGGAGCAAUUUCAAUGCUCAUCUUUGGAAGAAGCUUUUCUGAAACUAUGUAAUGUCCAAAAUAACACAAUCACUUUGAAUGAAGCUCGAGAAGUGGAAGACACCAGCAGUGAUGUCUUGUAUAAAGAUCAAAAUCAAUGUGAAUUAACAAAAGCAAUAUCAGAGUACGAAGCAAUUUCGGAACGUCAAGUAUCACGAUUGAGAAGGUUCAAAGCUCUAUUAGUGAAGAAUGGCAUCCAAUUUUUGCGUUAUUAUACAUUACUAGUUUCCGCAGUAAUAUUUCCAAUACUUCAAACCGGCCUAUUUGUUAUGGCAAUUGGUAAUAAUCCGAAAAAUUUGAAGAUUGGCAUCGUCAACGAUGAAGUCAAUAACUGCAGUUUGAAUAGCAACUUUGGCAAUGUUUGGAGUGAUGAAAUCACUUGUCAUUUUGACAAUCUCAGUUGUAGAUUUUUACAUAAUUUUGACAACUCUAUCGCAAUACAAGAGUACUAUGACAACAUUUCCGAGGCAAAACAGGCUGUACAAAAUGCGAAGCUCAGUGGUUUGAUAUAUUUUAGUCAAAACUUCUCCGAAGCUUUGCAGAUACGCGUGGAAGAAGCUAAUUCCGCGAAAGAUUCCGAUUUGCUCGCCAGCCAAAUUCAAGUUUUCCUUGAUAUGGGCG